AAUCGUUGGCCUUCUGUAGUUAAAUUAGACAGCGCUUCUCACAGGCCAUUUUUGUUUUUACAGAGAAAUAUUUGCCAUAGAACAGCAUCCUUCCUGAAACCUGACGUCGUCACAAUAAAAAGGUGGAGCAGAACUGAAGGAUAGCUGGAUAGCUGAUCAUCCACGAGCAAAUGUGAAUCGUUCCCACAUCCAACUGGAUUCAAAGAAAAGACGCUAAUGCCUGCGCUAACCUGAAAUCUAGCGACGUAUGCAACGUUAUGUGUGUACCAAAACAAUGGUGCUACAAGGGUGACACGGGUGGAUUAACCGCUGACGUUAACGUUAGACACGCUGUUGUUGCCGAGGUGAACCUUGUCCUGGUAGCCAGUUCUCCUGGCCGUCUCUUUAGCGGACUUCAUCCUGCAGCGCCUAUGCAACGUUAACUGGAAAUGAGAAAGAUUGAGCAUAUUAUAUCUUCACUGAUGUGCAUACCAUAACGUUAUGAGCUAACAAAUAUACAGGCAGGAGGAGAAGAAGGGCGCUGGGAAUUGCUUUGUCGAAGAAUAACACCGAAACGAGGGAGUAAGGUGGUGGAGCGGGAGGAUGUAGCUAUAUAGCUAACUAGGAAGGGACUUCUAUGUUGUGAAGAAAGCAGCGAGUCCAGCCGGUGUGAACACCCAGAUCCCGUCAUCCAACCAUCCCUUCAGCCAUGGACAAGAAGGAGAAGAGGCCAGGCUACUUCGCCAGGCUGAAGAAGAGGCGGCAGCUCAAGCAGAACCAAUCAGAGAGCUCUGUGAACGAGCAGGACCAAUCAGACGCUGGCCAGAGGGUGCCAAUCAUCGGUGAGCAGCAGGAGAAGGGCCAGAAGGAGGAGCAUGAGAAGAAGAAGGAACUGAAUGGAGACACACACACAGAUAAUGGCAGCAACCCCAUAAGUCAUGUGAAGAAGGAGAAGCAGAGACCGCCUGGCACGGUGGAGUAUACUGUGUGCCCUAGUGACACUCUGAAUGGCAUCUCUCUGAAGUUCAACAUCACCCCCAAUGAGUUGGUGCAACUCAACCGCCUCUUCUCACGCAGCGUGGUCCCAGGACAGAAGCUAUUUGUCCCAGAUGUUGGCCAGUCAGACUCUGGUUGCCAGGAGACUGGAUCAGACCCAGAGUCCAGCGUUGCGCCCGGAAAACCCUCUCAGGAUGGCGUGUUGAGUGGACAGGCGGGUCUGUCGCUCCGGAGAGAACUGUCUCCACCCUCCGAAGAUGAGAGCCCAGCAACAGUCAAGUUCAUUAAGAUGAGCUGCAAGUACUUCACUGACGGAAUGGGUGUGGUGGGCGGGGUGAUGAUUGUGACACCCAACAACAUCAUGUUCGACCCGCACAAGUCGGACCCGCUGGUGAUCGAACACGGCUGCGAGGAGUACGGCCUCAUAUGCCCCAUGGACGAGGUCAUCUCUGUGGCGCUGUACGAUGACGUCUCACGCAUGAAGAUCAAGGACGCGCUGCCCUCCGACCUACCGCACGAUCUCUGUCCCCUGUACAGGCCGGGCGAGUGGGAAGAGCUUCCGUCGGAGCGAGAUCUCAACCCCUUCAGCCGCUACGAGGAGCUGGAACGCCAGCGUCGCCACGGACACGCCCCCCCGCUCGACCAGUCGCCCUCCGACGAGGGCUUCACCGAGCUCCAGCCACUAGGGGGCAGUGCUGAGGAGGAGGAGGGGGACGAAGGGCUGUCCACACGCUCCCCUGGAGAGAUCACCGAGGUUACCACGGAGACGGAGGCCGUGGGAGACGCCGCCAGCAGCAGGAAACGGAGUGAGGCGUCAGUGGUGGGCGGAGCCACGGAGCUUGCAGCCGAAGCAGGGGACCAGAGGGGGAACCAGGGGCAUUGUGGGAGAUGUAGUUCGCCAGAGGAGGAGGGGCUGGAUGAGGACCAGGGGCAUUGUGGGAGAUGUAGUUCCCCACAGGAGGAGGGGCUGGCUGAGGACCAGGGGCAUUAUGGGAGAUGUAGUUCCCUACUGGAGGAGGGGCUGGCUGAGGACCAGGGGCAUUAUGGGAGAUGUAGUUCCCUACUGGAGGAGGAGCUGACGGAGGAGGAGAGGAGGCGGCGGAGCCACAAGGCCGAGGUGAAGUCGUGGCUGCUGCAGAGGAUGCAAGGACCAAUAGAAAACAUGCUGCUGUCUACGGAGGAGAAGAGCAAAGCUCCGCCCAUGUUCCUCUGCUUCAAAGUGGGCAAACCAAUGAGGAAGUCUUUUGCUGUUGCCCAGACAACUAGCCCCUCCCACUCCUCCAGCGGGCGAGUCAAGCUGUUAGAGUAUUGGUUUGCCGUCCCUCAAGAAAGGGUGGACGACCUGUACUCGUUCUUUGUGCAGUGGUCCCCGGAGGCCUAUGGGAAGGACGCUCGGGAGCAGGGCUUCAUCGUAGUGGAGAAGGACGAACUCAACAUGAUUGACAACUUCUUCAGCGAGGUCCCACGCAGCUGGGAGAUCAUCACCAUCAACGAGGCCAAGCGGCGUCAGAGCUUUGGGAGCUUUGAGGAGGCGGAGCCUAUAGACCUGCUACCCUGCCUGAGCGACCCUAGUACUCUGCUGGACGACACACACAUUCAGAAGCUGGCUGCCCGCUUGCCUGCGCGUGUGCAGGGGUAUCCAUGGCGACUGGUGUACAGCACGGGGGUGCACGGCACCAGCCUGAAGACGCUCUACCGCAGCCUGGCCAGGCUGGACUGCCCCGUGCUACUGGUCAUCAAGGACAUGGACAACCAGGUGUUUGGUGCGUUCUCUACACACCCGUUCAGAGUGAGUGAACACUGCUACGGCACUGGAGAGACAUUCCUCUACAGCUUCAGCCCCGAGAUCAAGGUUUAUCAUUGGACAGGUGAGAACUCCUACUUUGUGAAAGGGAACAUCGACUCUUUGCAGCUGGGGGGUGGAGGGGGUCAUCUGGGCCUGUGGUUGGAUGCUGACCUGUACCACGGCACCACCUCCUCCUGCUCCACCUUCCACAACCAGCCGCUCAGCACCCAGCAGGACUUUACCGUCCACAGCCUAGAGGUCUGGGCCUUCGAGUGACCACACACACUCACUCUCUCGCUCACACUCACACACACACACACACACACACACACACAGACUGCUGGAGCACCUGCAUGGCUUCUGGGAUGAAUAACUCACACACGCUACUGCAACAAGCAACAGCUCCACGGCAACAACUCCACUCAACCUGCAGGAUGAACCCCCCCCCCCGUGACUGUUCAACCAGACACACACACACACACACAGACACAGACACACAGCUGGAGUUGAGCGGGAUGGUAGAUUGUUAGUGCUGCUGUUGGAGUUUUCCAUUUCAGAUGGUUGGAAUCGGCACCAUUAUCUAACACACACACACACACACACACACACACUGAGAAUCAGUACCACUACCUAACACACACACACACACACACACUCACACACACUGAGUCUGAGUCAGAUCUUGUGCGUGCGUGUGUGUGGGUCCUGGGCAUUCAGAGACCCACUGGCUGAGUUGACGUGUGUUGUCCUGCAAACACACUCUGAUUGGCUGGGAGGAAAGGGAAAUGACACGCUGUGUGUCGACCAGAAUGUUUGUUUGUUUGUUUGUUUUGUUUGUUGUUUAGUUAAGUCUCCACACUACCACAACACUAAACUGUAUGUGCUACUAUAUGUAUGUUGCUGUAUUGUUUUUAUAUGCAAAGUUUGAAUAUUUUUUUAAAUGAAUGUCCAUUUUGAGAAUGUAAAUCUUUUAUAUUUGUGUAUGUUAAGUUGAUGUUUUUAAAUUGCGUGUGUGAGAAGGUGGAAGAUUCAGUAUUAAUAUCUGAUAGAACAGGGAAGAUGCUUUGGGCACGGCUCCUACACUCACACACGUACACACACACACACACACACACACACACACACACCCCAGGCAGACUAGCCAAUCGCUACCCAGGAGGCGCUUGGUGUCGCGCUUUCUCACACUCCUGAAGGGGGUUCCCCAGAGACUGGAACGUUCUCCAGCGGUUCCCCAGAGACUGGAACGUUCUCCAGCGGUUCCCCAGAGACUGGAACGUUCUCCAGCAGUUCCCCAGAGACUGGAACGUUAACAGGGUAGUUAACAGUGUUGGUGUGGGGCAGUUCUUACCUCUGAGGGCAUUUGACACUUGGUUACUGAAGGGUAGUCCUUACCCCGGGGGUAUCUGGGCUGUGAGGGGUAUCUGCCUGCAUGUGUGUGUGCUCCAUCACGCCCCCUGGCGCCUCUGUGCUUGCCUGCGUUCUACAUUCCGUCCAUGGUAGCGGCCGCCAUCAGCUGAUCUGCUCUGCAGGGGAAGCUGCCCCGCAUGUGGGCCGGACGCGUGCCACGACUGGGCCAUAUCUGCUGGGUGUGUGGGCCGGACGCAUGCCACGACUGGGCCAGAUCUGCUGGGUGUGUGUGGCUAUCGGACGUCUCUUCUCAUCUGUGGUCUUUCUUGUGUAUGUAUCGUGCUGUCGCCAUGGUGAUGUGCUGUAUGAUCCCAAUAAAUGAAACAUUAUAAACCGCAA